AGUGUCGAGAGAGUGUUUCAUUCUCACAUUAUAAAUGAGUCUGGAACUAGAAAUAUAGAUUUAUGUAUGCUCUGAGGGAGGGAGGGGGCGCCAAGGAUUCCUCAUUCGACCUCAUAAAUUUCUCAUUCAGGUGAGUCAAUUUGGAGUUGGAAAGAGUUGACGAUGACAGAUUUAGUUGCGGAGAGCAAUAGUGCAAACAGAGAUCACUCCAUAAUUCAAGUAAGGGAGGAGGGGGAGAGAUGUGAGAUAGAAAUAAGUGAUGUGGGUAACCAAACUUUGAGCGGAAAUGAAACAAACAAAGACGAAUUAUUAGAAACCCUCAUAGAAAAAAAGCUUCCCCAGGAAUUUCCAAAACCAGAUCCUACUUGCAUAUUCAGAGUCCCUAAUAAACUUGUCAGGGACAAUGAAAAUGCUUUUGUCCCACAGGUGGUUCCAAUCGGGCCCUAUCACCACGGAGGAAAAAAGUUCGAAGCCAUGGAACAAGUUAAGCUAUGGAAUUUGCAAUGCCUCCUCAAACGCAAACCGACUCCAGACACCAGUUUGGAGAAGUUUGUCAAAGAAAUUAGAAGCAGAGAAGAGUUUCUUCGUAACUGCUAUGACGAAAAGUUUGGUGAUCAUCUAAGUAGCGAUCAGUUUGUAGAAAUGAUGGUGGUCGAUGGUUGCUUUAUUUUAGAACUUAUCCGCGAAAGGAAUCCGAUUUCCAUACAUCAUGAUGUUUUCAGUAUGCCAGAGAUGUUGUCGAUAGUUCAAAACGACUUGUUACUGCUUGAAAACCAGCUUCCGUGGAAAGUUCUCGACUGUUUAUUCAACCUCACAAAAAAUCCACGAGAGACUUCUCUACAUAGAUGUACUCCGGACCUAAUUUACGCAGUUACGAAUAAUCCUUGGAUCGAUGUUUACAAUAUUUUAGAAAUUAUGGAUAAUGAAAGGGAGACAUGGCAAUUCAGACAUUUACUUGACUAUACAAGAGAUUUGCUUGUUGGAUCAUUAUCGAGGAAUACGGACCUUUCUAAUAGAUUUUGGGAUCCCAUUCCCUCAGUGACACAUCUUGAGGAGAUUGGAGUCAAAUUUCAAGAUGCAUCCUUACGGACAGAGUUGUUGGGCAUAACCUUCAACGCGGAAAAUGGAGUGAUGGAAAUUCCGCAGAUCAGAAUUGGAGCCCACACAGAAUCUCUCUUCAGAAACCUCAUAGCCUACGAACGGUGUUCAAUGAAGCCCCAUUACAUUUUGUCUUAUGCCAUGCUGCUGAAUCAGCUUAUCAAGUCUACCAAAGAUUUAGACUCUCUCGUUCGGAAAGAAAUUGUAGUAACCGACCUGACCAAGGAGGACACUGUUUCUUUGUUCAAUAGGCUUUGCAAUGACACUGCAUCCAUCCCGUUAGUUUACUCUCGACUCUCCUGGGACGUGUAUUGCUAUAAUAGACAUCGUCGGCUAAGGCGUUGGCUUGCAGGGAUCAAAAGGGAUUAUCUAUAUAAUCCAUCGUCAAUCUGGUCAGUCUCAAAUGCGGUCAUCAUUAUUCUCAUUCUUACCGCCAUGCAGACCCUAUAUAGUGUUCUCGCCUACUACAAGUAGUAACCUUCCAAUCGGUCAAUAUUCGUCCGAGGACAAAAAAUUCAACAAGACUUGCGUGACUGCAGGCAAAGUUAUGAAACAAAGCAGUGCUGUAAUUGAUUAUGUGUGACAGUCAUACAGUUUGGAACUACCUUGCCAUUUAUUGUUUUCAACUUCUGGAUAAUGUGUAAAACUAUUUGGUAUUUUUUUUUUUUAAUCAUCAUUUAGCAGUUCAUCAUGAA